UACAUAUAUACUAAUCAAUGCUUGAAGGUCACUUUCGAUAUCGAUGCGGACGCGUUGGUCCAAGUUCGGGCUAUGGACAAGGCUACCAACAAGGACCAGUCUAUCACCAUCACCUCCGGCUCUGGUCUUUCUGAUGCUGAGAUCCAGUCCAUGGUUGAGGAUGCCGAGAAGUACGGUGAGCAGGACAAGGAGCGCAAGGCCGCUAUUGAGGCUGCCAACCGUGCCGACAGCGUCCUCAACGACACUGAGAAGGCUCUCAAGGACUUCGAGGACCGUCUCGACAAGGCUGAGGCUGAGAACAUCCGUGAGAAGAUCGCCACUCUCCGUGAGUUCGUCGCCAAGAACCAGUCUGGCGAGGGCACUGCUACUGCCGAGGAGCUCAAGGCCAAGACCGAUGAGCUGCAGACUGCCUCUCUGAGCCUCUUUGACAAGAUGCACAAGGCCAACAACGAGCAGCAGCAGCAGCAACAGCAGGGCGAGAACAAGCAGUAA